GGAUCCCCCAGCUGGGCGGUUCGAGGCCACCAGGUGCAUGAAAAGCCACAGGUUGCUGGUCCUUCUGCUACAUGCAGUGGUCCUCGGCCUACCCAGUGCCGGGGCCGCUGCGGCCUGCACGCGCACCUGCCCCGCAGCCUGUGCCUGCAGCAGCACAGAGCAUGGCUGCCAGGUGCGCUGCGACCGCGCCGGCCUCCUGCGGGUGCCGGCCGAGUUCCCGUGCGAGGCGGCCUCCAUCGACCUGGACCGCAAUGGCCUGCGCCUCCUGGGCGAACGGGCUUUUGGCACGCUGCCGUCGCUGCGCCGCCUGUCGCUGCGCCACAACAACCUGUCCUUCAUCACGCCCGGCGCCUUCAAAGGCCUGUCGCGACUGGUUGAGCUGCACCUGGCGCACAACGGUGACCUGCGCUACCUGCAUGCGCGCACCUUCACCGCGCUGGGCCGCCUGCUCCGCCUCGAUCUGGCCGCCUGUCGCCUCUUCAGUGUGCCCGAGCGCCUCCUGGCAGAGCUGCCCGCCUUGCGUGAGCUCGCUGCCUUCGACAACCUGUUCCGCCGUGUGCCCAGCGCUCUGCGUGGCCUGGCCAACCUGACGCACGCGCACCUGGAGCGCGGCCGCAUUGAAGCCGUGGCCUCCAGCUCGCUGCAGGGCCUGCGGCACCUGCGCUUGCUCAGCCUGCAGGCCAACCGCGUCCGCACUGUGCACUCUGGCGCCUUCCGUGACUGCGGCGCCCUGGAGCACCUGCUGCUCAAUGACAACCUGCUGGCCGCGCUGCCGGCUGAGGCCUUCCGCGGCCUGCACCACUUGCGCACGCUCAACCUGGGCGGCAACGCGCUGGGCCUUGUGUCGCGUGCGUGGUUCACUGACCUGGCCGAGCUUGAGCUGCUCUACUUGGACCGCAACAGUAUCGCCUUCGUGGAGGAGGGUGCCUUCCAGAACCUCUCAGGACUCCUCACUCUGCACCUCAACAGCAACCACCUUAUGGUGCUCACUGGGGCCGCCUUCCAGCCUGGCUUUUUCCUGGGCCGCCUCUUUCUCUUUCACAACCCGUGGCACUGUGACUGCCGCCUGAAGUGGCUGCAGGACUGGAUGGAGAGCUCUGGGCAUGUAGCUGACGUGCUGUGUGUCUCCCCCAGCUCUGUGGCGGGCCUGGACAUCUGCCAGGUGGCUUUUGGACGCUCCUCUGAAGGCCUCUGUGUGGACCCCGAGGAGCUGAACCUCACCAUGUCCAGUCCAGGCCAGUCCCCAGAACCAGAGGCCACCAUGGUGAGCAGGUUCAGCAGUCUUCUCUCCAAGCUCUUGGCCCCGAGGGCCCCAGCAGAACAGGCCGCCAACACCACUGAGGAGCUGGUCAGUGCCUCACUGUCGAACAGCCUUCUCUCUUAUGGAAUGGGAGGCUCUGGCCAUAACACCAGGUUUCUCUUUGGCUCUAGUCUCCUGCUCAGUGUGGCCCACCACGUGGUGUUUGUCUAGAGGUGGACUGACCCUGCCACACUGGGAUGGCCCAAAUUGCCUUGGACAGUGGAGGAAAGUUUCAUUAACUGGGCUUGAGGGUGUUUGUGGUGGGGGAAGAGGGGAACAGGUUGGGGCAGGUGGUGAAAAUUCCAGCAGAGGUAGGAAGAAACACUUUGCCUACAAAGAGGGCCCUAGGAAGAGGGGAACCGUGGGAAAUGCCAUGGUGGUGGCUGGGGCUGGAGGGGAUGCAGGAUGGAUUUCUGCUCAUGUCACAUGGGCAUCAGCUGAAAGAAAAGACUAGGAAUUGGAAGCUCCUAGGGCUACAGGGCUCCAUCCCCAACCCUUCCCCCCACCUUCCAGGAUACAGACCACAAUGCCUGAAUUAGAAUCAAUCCAUUGGCUAAACAAAUACUAAGAACUGUGCCAAUUCUUAUAGCCGGACAACCCAGUAAACUCAAUCCCUUUGUUUUCUACCACAAUCAUCCAGUCCCUCUCCCAGGGGCCUGGGGCCCUGGCAUCCAGGAAGAUGGACAGGACAGGAGAGAAGGGGGAUGGGAGAGGGUCUUAGUCCCAAGGAGGUGGCAGCGGUUUCUGGGGUCUGAUAUGUGUUAGGAAGCAUUUAAAACAAAGACCCGUUUCAUUUACUCCACAGUUAUUCCCAAGGGGUGGCCUUAGCUGAAACGGAUCUUUAGGGCAGGGUAGGGAUAAAAAGAGGGGGAGUGUUUGUGGAACAAAUACAUUUGUAAAAUCCUAAAAUUAAAAAAAAAGUAAACCAGGUUUCAAUACUGCAGCACUUUUCAGAGUCUUUCAUAUGCAAACAUGCAUUGUGACUCUCUGGGGAGGCCAUAAAUCCUCUUAGCAUUUUGUGGGAAGAGUGUCCAGAAGACACAGAGAUGCUAUGUUAGCAGGGCAGGGAGUCUCCAGCUUGGAUUUACCAUUAGGUGUGGAAAUUAUUAUGGGCUGCACACUUUGGGACUGAGUAGCAGCCAAGUGGAAGAGAGGCGGCCAGGAGCUGAGAAGGGGGUCUGAGAGAUUUCCCAGGAUGAGAGUUGGCCAACUGUAAGCCCCUAGGCCUGAGUGCCAGAGCGAAGGCUGUCUGCUAAAUACUUCAUUGCACACAUCUAAUGAAGACUACAUGUAUCACCAUUCUGGAAAAACUUAAUCUUAAUGUCCUGAGUUCCUCUCUGUAUUUGAAGUGGUGGGUUUUCAAAGCCCACGUGGAUUCAGGGUGCACGGAGCUGUCAUUUCUUCAUGGUGACAGUGUUGGUGUCUGUAGGUAAUACUAGGUAUUAGAAAUGUGGCAGGAGGCACCAUUGAGGCAGGAAUGUUUUUGUAACCAUUAGUGGUCACCAGUGCAAUUAAACAGGUUACAUUAAAAAACCGAGAUAGAACAGAAAAGUCACAGGGCAUCCUGUGUAAUGUUAUAAGAGUAAGUAUUGCUUUGUAAAAGUUUUUAUUUCUAUGUGUUUGUUCAGAUUAUAUAUGUAUGUACAUGUGUGUUGGUGGCAGCAUACAACUUAUAUAUAUGUUUUUUUCUUUUUUUUUUAUUAAGAUAUCGUUGAUAUAUACUCUUAUGAAGGUUUCACAAGAAAAACAAUGUGGUUACUACAUUCACCCUUAUUAUCGAGCCCCCCCAUACCCCAUUGCAGUCACUGUCCAUCAGUGUAGUAAGAUGUCACAGAGUCCCUAUUUGUCUUCUCUGAGCUACACUGUCUUCCCGUGACCCCACACAUACCAUGUGCAUCAAUCAUGAUACCCCACAAUCUCCUUCUCCUUCCCUCCCCACCCUCCCCACCCUCCCCCACCCCUCCCCUUUGGCAACCACUAGUCCUUUCUCGGAGUCUGUGAGUCUGCUGCUAUUUUGUUCCUUCAGUUUUGCUUUGUUCUUAUACUCCACAAAUGAGGGAAAUCGUUUGGUAUUUGUCUUUCUGUGCCUGACUUAUUUCACUGAGCAUAAUACCCUCCAGCUCCAUCCAUGUUGUUGCAAAUGGUAGGAUUUGUUUCUUAUGGAUGAAUAGUAUUCCAUUGUAUGUACCACAUCUUCUUUAUCCAUUCAUCUACUGAUGGACACUUAGGUUGCUUCCAUAUCUUGGCUAUUGUAAAUAGUGCUGCGAUAAACAUACGGGUGCAUAUGUCUUUUUGAAUCUGAGAAGUUGUUUUCUUUGGGUAAAUUCCUAGAAGUGGAAUUCCAGGGUCAAAUGGUAUUUCUAUUUAUAUGUAUAUUUAUAAUUAAGGUAUUAUUGAUACACACUCUUAUGAAGGUUUCACAUGAAAAACAAUGUGGUUACUACAUUCACCCAUAUUAAAGAGUCCCCCCCAUACCCCAUUGCAGUUACUGUCCAUCAGUGUAGUAAGAUGCCACAGAGUCACUAUUUACCUUCUCUGUGCUACACUGUUUUGCCCGUGACGCCUCACACCAUGUGUACUAAACAUAAUACACCUCAAUCCCCUUCUCCCUCCCUCCCCACCCAGCCUCCCUCACCCCUCCCCUUUGGUAACUGUUAGUUCCUUCUUGGAGUCUGUGAGUCUGCUGCUGUUUUGUUCCUUCAGUUUUGCUUCGUUGUUAUACUCCACAUAUGAGCAUACAGCUUAUAUUUUAUUGUGGGUUAUUGUUAAAAAGUUUGAAAGUCACUUACCUGGUGCAUGCAUAAUUUUUUUUAACUUUUUAUUUUGAAAACUCUGAAGCCUACAGAAAAGUUGCAAGAAUAGUGGAAUGCACAUUGGCCAUUUACCUAUGUUCCCAGUUGUUAACAUUUUGCU